UCUGGUUCUGGGGAUUUUCAUUCAUCUCUGCAGUGUCAGUCAGAGGCAAAUACAUUUUGUGGAAUGUUUUAAAGAUUUUUGGAAGCCCCGCCAACCCCCCCAUAACACACAAAUGAUCCAACCCGCCGCGGCUCUGGAUGACGUCACUGGUUUGGGCGGGAGGUUUUCCCUGCAGUAAACAUAAACGCUGUAACGGGACUGAACGGGACGCGCGUGUGAUGGUGUGGGAUCAGCUGCCGCUUCCCUCGAGGAUCCGCUCUGCACUCCAGAGAACUCAUCUGAAGUCCGUCCGUGAGGUUCUGUCCUUGCCUGCUGUGGAUGUGCAAAGACUCACUGGGCUGGCCCAGCCUGAGGUGCAUCAGCUGCUGACAGUGGCCGCUGCCGUCUGCAGAAGACACGCCCCUCUCACAGUACUGCAGCUGCAGCGCGGCGAGUGUCGGAGGUGUGAAUCCGGACUCAGACUAAGCGUAAGUUGUCCCGUUCUUGAUGGCCUGUUAAGAGGGGGUCUGCCUGUUGGGGGCAUCACUGAGCUGUCAGGACCCAGUGGAGCUGGGAAGACCCAGCUGGCCCUGCAGAUCUCCCUGUCUGUGCAGUACCCUGUUGAGCAUGGAGGCCUAGGAGCCGGAGCACUCUACAUUUGCACUGAGGACUCCUUCCCCAUCCGGCGGCUGCAGCAGAUGAUCUCGGAGCAGGCCAUCCUCCGUUCUGAGGUGCCUCCCUCUGUGAUCAGCGGCCUGCACUUCAGUGACCACGUUUACAUCGAGCAUGCUGCCGAUCUGGACUCCCUGCAGGUGUGCCUGUCCCGUCGCGCCCCUGUCCUGCUGGCUGCAGGUCUUGUCCGGCUCAUUGUGGUGGACUCGGUGGCAGCUUUGUUCAGGAGUGAGUUUCAGACAGAAGACUGGCUGGAGAGGAACAAACAGCUGCUCACCUUCUCCACCAUGCUGCACCAGCUGAGUCAGGAAUUCACCACUCCUGUCCUCUGCAUCAAUCAGGUCAUGGAUGUUUUGAAGGAUGAUGACAGUCUGGGACCGCUGUCCUCCUCCGUCACUCCUGCUCUCGGCCUGGCCUGGGCCAAUCAGGUCAUGAUGCGGUUGAUGAUGCUGCGACAUCAGACGACAGUUUCCCGUGGCGACCAGAGCAGCACCCUCCGCCGGCUGGAGGUGGUGUUUGCUCCGCACCUGGCCCGCAGCAAACGAGAUGUGGGUGUUUGGAGGGAGGGGGUCCGUGGAGUCCCAGUUCUGGAGUAACUUGAGACUUGGACAUGUCUGUUAGACUGCUGAGUGCACAGGGCUGUCGGCACUUCCUCAAGGACUUCUGCAAAAAUGACUCUUACUGCUGCUCACUUCAUUCAGUGCACUUGUGCUACAAUUGUACCACUUUACUGCACUACUGUGGAAGUUAAUAUCAGGUCAACAGUGCAAUUCAAUUCCGCUUUUAGUAGGAUUACAUUUAUGUACAACAGUUUUACUAAAUAAAAUCAUCAUUACUGACCUGCAAAAGUA